UGCAUGAUCGCGCUGGUGAAAUAGGAUGCGCAUGAGCAGCUGGGGGCCCGCCACCUUUUCCUCCUUCUGCGCGGCGACCUCCCGGAGCUGACUGAGCCGUGGUUGAGGCGUUUGGUGUCCCUGGGGCAGCGGUGUGUUCGGCGCGUUCUCACUUUCGGAGGCGACGACGAACCUGCUGCAGUGGCACCUGUCCUUACUUGAUUGGAGUGCGACGCGUGCUGUCCAAAACGCAAUGGGGAAAAUGUAUUGGCCAACCAUAAACUUGCAGCUCGCAGAGUCCACGCUACCUCGACGGCGGCGGCAAUAUCAGAUAAAGAACUAAAACAGAAGAAGUGCCCGUUUAGUGGCCGUGAGUUUGCGUGGAAAAUACGCUGGCCAGUUGCAUCCUCCUGAAAUGAUGCCCUACGCGUUCAGACGACGCUGCGGCUCAAGCUCCACAGGAGGAGCUUCUCGCGGCGGCAAAAGCGGGCGCCGAUGUUCCAGCCGAUCGGGGAGGCGCAGGCAGUGCCGGCAGGAGGCCAGAAGCGGGCGGCAGCCGCGGCAGGGGACGGGGUCGAGGCAAAGGGCGAGGCCAGCGACAUCGCUGGACCGCUGGGCAAGGCGCUGGCGAGGCUGGUACUGCAGCACGAGGACAUGGCGAGGUCGCCCCACCGCGAAGACAGCUUCGUCAUCCCGCUGAAGUCGCACAGCAAGUUGGAGGCGGCGCUGGACCAGGCCUUGACGCACUACGAGGACGAGGGCCGCGAGGCGAAGGAGAAGGCUCAGGAAAUGAGCCGAGACUAUAUGGGCAACCCGUAGGGGAAGAGGCCCCGGUCGUCUUCCGCAUCGCGGAGGCGGUGGAAGCCACGACGGCGCGGGCAACGGCGGCGGCGGAGCAGGACAUGGAACCGAUGGGGGCCAAGCAGGCGAUCGAGGUGGUUCUCCGCAUGGGCAAGGUGGUGCAGGACCCCCCGGUGAAGUUCGUGGCCACUCGGUGCUUCCGUGUGAAGGCCAGCAAAGACGGCGAGGAAGAGGGCGAGGCUGCGUGUCCAGGAAAGGUGAAGUGGAUCUUCGCCGUCAAAGGGGGGCAAGUCGAGGGCUGCGGUGAGGGGACAAAGAAUCAGAAGAGGAAGUGAUCGGUGCGCCUUUAGCUUCGUCCUCCCUCCCUCCCCUGAAACCCCCGUCUUUUCGGGCCCUUCGAGCUUCUCCCUCAGCCCCAGCUAGUCAGCAGACGAGGCUAGAGCAUUACUUCAAUUUUUGGGCCUCGGCUGGUCGAGGCCAGUGUUGGGCCGCGCUAGUGCGGGGGCCUUGCUCUUCUCUCCACCAGAGCAGGGGGAGUGCCGCCCCUGCAUGUGACACCCCUGCAGAGGUGGGGGUGCGCGGGAAAGGGGCUGAGGCCCAGCUGCCUCGUCGCCUCCGCGCCCGCCCCCCCUUAGGGCACCGACCGACUUCGGGCGCGGUUUGCUGGUAGUUUUGUCGCCCCCGCUCAGAUCCCGAGGGAACGGGAGCGGCG